AUGCGUUUGCAUCUGCUCGCACCCGCCCUCCUGUCUGCCUCUGUCCUGGCAGACACUCUGUCCAAACACCCUCCAGGACAUAAGGAGCCUGGCCUUGUGGUGUAUGCCCCGACCAAUUCCGGACUAUCGAGUAGUGAUGGACCGGGUCGCGUCAAGCGCCAGCUCAAGUACCAGAAUGGAUAUUACUUUUCGGGAGAACAGUCCCUGAGGUACCCCCUCCCGUCGAGUUCCGAUAGGAGAAUGGUCGCUAGAACCCUCCAGUCGGGAGGAGAUGCUCGGAUGACCUUCUUGGACGAUCCCGCGUAUGUUAACCUCGGCUGGGUCAACAACCAGAGUCUUGUUGAGAGGCCGUCGGACUACUAUGCUGGAGCGAAGCGACAGGUCUACACCGGUCUUGGAGGGAGUGUCAAUGUCGCGGGCAAGGACAUUCCAUUUGACAAUGGUGUCAUCCGUCCUAUUGAUGGAGACCUCACCCUGCCUGAGAGCAUCUCCUCCACCUUGCCUCACCUCGGCGUCGACAAGUUCCACAAUCUGGUCAAAAAGUCGGGUCUCCUCUCCGUGCUAGACUCGACCGCCGGCAUCACCGUUCUCGCGCCCGACAACAGUGCCUUCAAGAACGUCACCAAGUGGUCCAAAACCGACCUCACCGAGUUCAUCAAGGGCCACAUUUUGGUCAACUUCCCGGCAUACACUCCUCUUCUCAAGGACGGCCUCGUCUACCCUACCCUUGGGGGCGGCAAGGUCAAGGUCACCGUGCAGGGCGGGACCAUCUACCUCAACGGAGCCAAGAUCCUGGCGGGCGAUGCAAUUGCCGUCAAUGGAGCUGUCCGCACAAUUGACAGGGUUCUCUCGACAUUCCCCGGCACAGCUCCUGUGCCCGAGCCAACCAAGGAGCCCGAGCCGACCCAGGCGACAGUGCCAACUCAUGUGCCUGAGUAUGUGCCAACUGGAGCUGGAACGACUAUUGGAUCUCUUUCCUGGAAGGCUCUGGCAGUCAGUGUCAUGGGUGUGGUCGCUGCUACUCACUACUGGAUGUAA